UGGCGGAAAGGCGCGCUUUCUUGAAUACAGCCCAGGAGCACUGGACGGGAGGCCCAGGAAUGGCGGCUCAGUUGACCAAAGAAGGUAUCACACUGAAGGGCAGCGCCGAGACCGUGUCCGAGUUCUUCUAUUUUGGCAUCAAUAGUAUUUUAUAUCAGCGGGGGAUUUAUCCGUCAGAGUCUUUCACCCGCGCACAGAAGUAUGGCCUCACACUGCUUGUCUCUACAGACCCAGAUCUUAAGAACUACUUGAACACAGUGGUGGAGCAGCUGAAAGAUUGGCUGUACAAAUGUCAGGUCCAGAAACUAGUGGUGGUGAUUUCAAGCAUCGACGGCAAUGAAGUUCUUGAGCGCUGGCAGUUUGAUAUAGAAUGUGAUAAAACUGUGAAAGAUGACAGCAUUGUUAGAGACAAGUCUCCGAAAGUUAUUCAGGAAGAAAUCCGAUCAGUCAUCAGACAAAUCACAGCCACAGUAACGUUUCUUCCACUGCUGGAGACUGCGUGUGCUUUUGACUUGCUGAUCUAUACAGAUAAAGACUCGGAAGUGCCCGAGAAGUGGGAAGAAUCUGGACCUCAGUUUGUUUCCAACUCUGAAGAAGUUCGGCUUCGCUCCUUCACCACUACAAUCCAUAAAGUUAACAGCAUGGUGGCAUAUAAAAAAAUAGACUGUUAAUAGUGGAUUCUAUUUUUACUGUUCUUUCUCUUGUCUACUCUGGUAGUAUUGAUCCGAUUUCUAAUGCAGUUUUUAAGGUGAUGUAUGUGGUUAUUUUUUUGGGUUAUUUUUUUUAGUAGCCACCUCAUUACGUGUCUUUUGAUGCUCUGUAGAGGACUUGGUCCUUCCACACCCUACUGCAUUAGCUUAAGCUGAGAUAUAUUGAGGGGAGCUUUUUACUUAGUUGCUUUAGAUGGAACUUAACCAGUUCACUUUCUUAGAGUAACGGGCUCUGCCACCACAACCUUAAGUAUUUUAGUUCCAUAUUCAUUUUAGGGGAUCAUGAGUUUGUGAUACAGUGCAUCGGUCCUAUGCUUGUGAAGGUACACUGUGAUGCUAUGAACAUGAGUAUAUUUGUUUAGCAGCUCCACUGCCGACUGACUGGUCCUAGUCAUGCCAGUUCUUUAAGAGGGCAGAAUCUGCUAACGUGCCCCCUUUCAGGCACCAAACAGGGGUACUUUACAACCUCAACAAUUAUUGCAUGCACUAGCUUCAUUUUCUUGCUGUAACAGACAGUUUUGUAUUGGGUUUUUAAUGGGUGGACUUAACAAUUUGGUCUCAGGAACAUAUUCCGGCAGUAAGCUCCUGUUGACAGAUUUAAGUGUCCUUUGCAGGACCUGAAUGUUUUUCUACCCAUUUUAUUAUUCUUAUUUUAUAUAAGUACCAGCUCUGGUCUGUUAUACAUUCUAAACCCCAUUUACUUGCAUUGCACUGUACUUUGACGAUUUUGAUGCAGAAUCUGCACCCAAUAUGUCCUGUAUGGCUGACUAAAAGACUGCAGAAGAUGUAUCCUUAUCAGUUUCAUAAAUGCGUUAAUCUGCCGAAAUGCAUUUUUCCAAUCUCUGGAAGUUCAGAGAAGGACUGGGGCUGCAUUAAGUUGUUUGAUUGCCAGUCCACUCAUUCAGGGAACUCGGGGGCCCCUGUUCUCAUCAACAGUCAUGGCUCCAGCAGUUGGGCACCCACUGAUCAGAUACGUAUUCCCUAUCCUGUGGAUGGAGGAUGUGUCUUGAGACAACUCAUUUAAGUAUUUCUUAGACCACAGCUAUAUAUCCUUUGUAUUUAAUAGUCUUGUGUCCAUUGAGACUUCCAUGCAACAUGCAUAUGCAGGCAUUGGGUCGGGGGGAAAAGAGCAAGCGUUCUACAUGGAUUUUGGUUCUAAGUGAGUAAAAUCUUGGAAAAACUUGCAAUCCUCUGUCAGCUCAAAAAUCCUAGCCGUUUGUGUUGCAGUAAUGCUGCAAUGUUAUUGAGACUCCCAGGUGACCAAAAGACUCCACGUAGCUCCAGUCUGAGGGUGGCCAUACAUAUAAGAUGGUUGAAUGCUCUUUCAUCUGACAGCUAACAGCUAUCACUCCUGAUCUGCCUUAUACACUCGCCUGCUUGGUUUGGCUGAGAAUGUGUUCUCAGUAGGAGAAAGAGGAAGAAGCUGAUGCAAGAUUCAACUGAAAGUGGCUUUUCUUGCGGAGAACAAAAGGAUCAUGCGGUUGAAAUUCAACUGCCUGAUCUUUAUUCCCACUGACAUCUACCAUAGGGGGGAAGAGUCUGGAGGCCCCAAUACACAUUAAGUAGUUUUUCUGGCCUGGUAUGGACAUGAUCACCUGCACUGCUACAGCCAAUAACUGACUUCAGCAGUAGCGUGUUAUCACCCAUGAAGCCACUAAUUGGCUGCAGUGGCUCACGAAGUCUUGUCGAUACCUGGCCUUAAGAGAACAAUCUGGGGACUAGAAGAUGGAGGAAUGGGAGCCAGAGAACAGGUAAUUGUGAGUCUUUCAGUUGGUGAAGCAGGCUAGGGCUUUCAGUUAAGAAAUUAUUCCUGACAACCCUUAAAAGGGAACCUGUCAUCUGGAUUUUGGGUAUAGAGCUGAGGACAUGGGCUGCUAGAUGGCCGCUAGCACAUCCACAAUAUACACCAAUAAAUGACUCACAGAAGUGAGUGCCCGUGCCGAGCCUGCACGUAAAGUAGAACACCAAAAAAGGAGAUAGGGCCAGCACAAAUAGAAAUUAAUACAACCUUUAUUACAGUCUCAACACGAGACCAGAUAUUAAUAAAAUACAAGUAAAAGACAAUACUGUGGUGGGUAUGGAACACACGGGAAGAAAAGCGGCACCACUAGUAUAUAGACAUAUACAUAUAAAUAUCAAUCUAGAUAUCCAGGCUAAUAGAAUCAUAUACAUAUAACAUGGUAUAUAAAUAAGAGACCGGAUAUCCAGAAUAGCAGGCAGAGUCACAGGUAAUGAAGCCGGAUGGAGAUCCAAAGACAGUACAGAAAUGUAUAAAAUGCAAAGUGCAGGAAUCAGAUUAAUGAGACAUCCACAAUAAAGCUAUGACAUUGAAUACCUGAGUGGUGAACCGGAUAACCCCAAUGCACGUUUUGCGUAAGCUUCAGGGGGGGGGGGGAAGGUGUGUGUGGCUAGUAGGGCAGCUUAUAUAGCCGAAAAAGUUAAUAAGAUAAGGGACAGCUGGGGAGACGUGUGGCCACACCCCUGUGUUCACCUCGCACAGGUUCUUUAUUACUUUAUCCCUAUUAUUGUCGAUGUUUAUACGUAUGGCAUACACCUUUUGUAUUUACUGUCCUUUCACCAUUAUUAUCUCCUAUUUGCCUCCAUACAAUGUCCUCUAUACACUAUUUGUACCAUCAGUUGUGUGUGUUCUUGAAGGCCUUUUACAUAUACCUAUGUUUGGAUUUUAUGCACUGCACUUUUCUGAUGUCCGGUGCGUUCCACGGGUCAUGUGAUCGCCUUCUGCGUUCCAUGCCUGUGGAGCGCUCCGGUCCGUCCGAAUAUUAUAUUCUGGCUUUCAUAUUUGCAUAUCACUGUCACCACUUUGUGGCUGUCCCCUACCUUACCAUACCUCUUUUAAUCAUUAUAUGUACAUGUCUUUAGGUCCGGAGAUGGUAUAGCCUCUCCUCCUCGCUCCGAUAUACCGGAAGUGACUCCUUGCGUUCCACGAAGCAUUUGCGUUCCACCCGAUUACCGGAAGUGAGGCGAUGCGUUCCAUGCUGGAGCGCACUCGCCUCCCUUCCUUGUGUGGCCACACAUGUCUCCCCAGCUGUCUCUUAUCUUAAAUUAUUCGGCUAUAUAAGCUGCCCUACUAGCUACCCACCACAGUAUUGUCUUUUACUUGUAUUUUAUUAUAUCUGGUCUCAUGUUGAGACUAUAAUAAAGGUUGUAUUCAUUUCUAUUUGUGCUGGCCCUAUCUCCUUUUUUGGUGUUCCACAUCCACAAUAUCCAGUCCCCAUAGCCCUC